GCUGUUGCGGAAUGUUCGGGUGAGACCGGUCACAGUUUGGAUCAUUGCACAUGACCCCUGACCUUUACUGCUAGACCCUUUCACAGGACGUCGUGCCCUUGAUGCUGUAGUCAUGGAUGUUCACGUGCACAACAGUGGGACACUUCACUAUAGGCUGAACAACUAUCAGAAUACUCAUACUGUACAAGAUGAUCUACAGUUCCUCAGUAUGGAGGAACGGGAGUGUAUUUUGUUCUUCGAGGAAACCAUUGGCAUGCUAGAGGAGGAGCUGGAAGAUGACGGGGCGAGAAUAUCCAGAGAGGUGCAUCCAGUGCCCAUUACAGUCCGACUUCCCAGCCCUGGAGAUCAUGACAUCAUUGACCUGGUGCAUCCCACACCUGAGCCCAGCAAGCAUACAGACACGCUGCCCGCCAUCCCAGAUUUCCAAGAGCUGGUUGGAGCCCCAGAGACCCCUUUUGAGGUGAAGGCCAAGCAAAACCCAAUGGAGAAUUCCCCCUCAGAGCUGACCAUCGCUACUCCUGUGGCCGAGGAGGGUGGACACCGACCCCCACCCGGUUCUGUUCCCACCCCUGUAGUCAUCGCCAGUAACAUCGCGGAGCACCAGGGUCCCGGCGGAGCCUUACCGCUACCUUCAAUGUUGAACCAGCGAAGACACAGUCUGGAGUUACCACAAAACACCUCGGCCAAACACGGCCCUCCAACUCAUGCCAAGCCAAUGCAUCUCCCAGACAACAUCAGCUUGAUGAUUGGCAGCCGGGAACAUGUUCUCCAUUCCAUCGCCGCAGAAGCUGUCAGUGUGCAGGAGCGCCGGGCACAGAUGCUUGCCAACCUCCCUGGCUCCGCCCACCCUCUAGAGGGUGGAGAACCAGUCUGUGUCCGCAACCUUCCCAUUCGGAGUGUGUCAUUCCGAGAUCUAAUGCCUGACAAGUCCAGGAUGGAGGCGCUCUCAAAGCUUGGGCUUAUGAGGAACCGAGCGCAAUCGGUCAUGUACCCAUCUCCUAGGGACUCAAAUGCAGAAGGCAUCAGCUUUAAGACUAACGCAAAUACAGUUCAGACGACUUUCAAGAGUGAUAAUGGACCUAUACACACCUGUAAUGCUUCAAGUAGGGUUCAUGCUCCAAACUCUUCCAGUAGUUUGAAUGCCCCCAACAUUGCUUUUACUACAAACAAGGCCAUUAACAACAACGUUACCAGUACAGUGAACAUCGUUGCUGAUGUCCCCACUACGACCCAUGGCAUGGACACCAAAGACCACUGUCAAACCAACACCGUUACCAAACAGGACAAUUCCAGACCCUCACCAGCGCUAACGAGUGCUGAGGUCACACACAGUGAUUUCAACAGUUAUGGUGGUAAGAGCAUCACCUUGAACCCCACAAUGACCUUUUGGGCUGAGUAUAUCCCACCUCAAAGUGCCACAGCCAUUUCCUCGCCCAAAACAGAAGCUCAAGAGGUCCAUCUCAACAGCUUUGGUGGUUGGUCCAGAGUCAUGAAUCCAUCCGUAGCACACAGAGAUGAGCCAGAUGGAUAUAGCAGCUACAGCCACUCACUGCCUAGCCAAAUCAGCCACCUAAAUAACCAUGGAGCCCAAUCAAAGACCCUCUCGUCUGUAGAAGAGGACUACUCGACUGUGAGCCCGCACCCUGGAAGAAGGACCACUGACGAAGACGUUUCUACAAUAAAAGUGACCUCCUCACACUCCGAAGCACCUUCGCAUCCAGUUGUGACCAGACAACCUCCCACUCCGGCUCCAAAACCAUCUCGGCGCUCAAGUCCUCUGAGUCCCACUAGGCCGAGACUCAGUCCUCCGUCCCUAGAGUUACGCCACAAACCUGCGCCAAAGUCGUCCUUUCGAUCGCAGGGAAUAACGGUCCAGUUCUCCGGGAAAGGAGCCACGAAUGAAGCCAGACGUGAUGCGCUACGCAAACUUGGACUGCUGAGGGAUACUUCUUAAAAGUUCACAAACACGAAAGAGACUAGAUUGUUCGGUGUGGUGAAGACUCUAUAGCUAAUUCAAUCGAUCAUAUAUAUACACACACUAUCUUGUAUGUUGUUGCAUUACCUUGUUUGCAGGUUCAAAGUCCAGGAGUUCCUGUGAAUGAUUUUCCAUCUGUCGGACAGCAGCGAGCCUUGUUGAUUGACUUGUUAUAUUUUGGUUGGAGAAAGUUAUCCAUUAGCGGUCCCAUUCAUGUAAAUGGCGGUUGCUUGGGGUGCCAUCUUUCCUUCAUGUGGACUUCUUUUUGAGCCAAUCACAUGAGCUGUAAACGCCAUGUGACUGCUCAGUCUAUAUUAGCACUAUUUGCAGCAUACAGGGACAUUUUUUUGUACACAAAAAUCAACUGUAAUGGCAUAUUUGCUACUAACACGUUGGUCAGAAUACAUCCAGACUUCUUUUGGAUGGCCGUCUAUCCACCAGUGGAGGCUAACUGUUGAUGCUAACUGGGAAACCUUGACCCCCUGUUUGUUGUUGGCAAUUUUUAUGAAAUUAUAAUGUUAUAAGAAACAAAUCCUGCAACUAAAGCUCAUCUACAUUGAUGCAUUUAUCCAAAGUACAGGAAUUGGACCCAUGAUUUUAGCAUUGUUAGCGCCAUGUGCUACCAGUUGUGCUAUGAGCACUUGUCUUGUUCUCAGUGAGUCAUUUCUUUUAUUGUCUGUUGUAGGUUUCAUGCCACGGCCAUUCAUUUUGAGUGGCAAAUUUGCCAAGAAACCCAUUGUGGCUUGGGGGUAGAAACACAGUAACCAGGUCUGAGGUUCUAGCCCAUUGUUGCGGUUCUGUGCCCAAGAGUCUACCCAGAGACACAAAGGGGAUUAUGGGUCUUGCUGAAACUGUUUUGAAAUGUUUUAUGUACCAAUUAUGAAUAUACCUGUAACCCUAAUAUUUGGAGAGGAAUCCUCCACCUACUGAACUAUCAUGUGCCCAAUUCCUGGGACGGAUUACAGACCGGGCCAAUGGGGGCCAGCGCCCUGGGCUUUAAGGUUGUGUGAUCUAGUUUGGUGAUCCCAGCUCGAAAUCCCUUUUGGGCAUGAACACCCCCCCAAAACAACUUUUGGGUGGAGGGGGCCCUUGGAGAUAAUUGGCCCCAAGGAAUUUGCAAGUCAUAAUCCGCCCCUGCCCAAUUGUCAUAGGACGACUGUUGUUUUUACUGAGCAUCUUUUACAAAAUACUUGUAGCCUAACCACAGAUGACAUAACCAUAGCAACUGGCCCAACUGUUGAGCGGUUCUCUGUCAUUUUCUGCAUAUCGUGGUGCCGUUUUGUGGUCUGUUCUGCAUAAAGCGGCGGCUCAUUGUUGCUUAUCGCGGCCCAUUCGGCAGGUUUCGCGGCCGAACCACCGGCCUCUCGGUUCUCCCAGUGGCCAUUCCACCCCAUGAUUGGCCCAAAAGUGCAUCGACCCACUGGGAAAAUGCCCGGUAUGCCAGAUUACAAGUCCAGCCCUGUUCAGAGGAUAUGAAUCUUCACUCUUAGCUAUUGAAGUGUUCUCUAUAGCUUCAGGGAUUGCCGAUAACAUGCUCAUGAGUGUUGUCAUUUUUAAAAGUAACUAUGUAUAAUGAAAGUGACCAAACUGAAGUUCGAGAUCAUGUUUGAGCAAUUAAGUAGAGGUCAGUUUAUAGAAUGCAUACAUUUACACUAAAGAUAUAGUUAUAGUUGUGUAUUAUACAUGAUACAUUAUUAGGAUCAUCUGCUGUAAAGAAGCCAGACCAAUCACUUGGUUAGUUUACAUAAGAAAUACCUCACAGAGAAAUCUCUUGCAUAUUGUCUUUUUAAUAUUGUGUGCGUUCGGAUGUACAGCAGCUGUAUAUUUAUUCUGUUAAUGUUGGGUGUUCGAAUGGAGUUUCCCAGAGGAUCCGAGUCCAGAUCUUUCUAGUCUUUCUUUCUCUCCCAGUGUGCCUUUGCCGUGAGACCACAGAUGACCUCGUAAAUUGUGUGGUUGUUACAAGUUUAGUUCCUCCCACGCCAAACCACAGAGAACCAAAUCUAGAUCCUGCUUCGGGAAUGGCAAAUCUGGAGCACAUGGGAACUAAACUGACCAGUUAUCAUUAACCAAAUGCUUUUAGCUCUUUGUAAAGAACCAACAGCUUUAGUUCAAUGUGUGUUUCAGUAUGAAUGAGUGUUAGUAAAUGUAAUGCAUGUUUGCCAUUGUUGUUGACUUGUUUAUUUUUUUGUUUACUCCGGUUUUUGCUUUAAAUGAAGCAGUAAUUGAAGGACGUAGAAUGCAUGUUGUGAAUGCGUGACG